AGAAAAGGGAUGUUGGAAGAAUUGGCUUCUGCCCAACAGCAAAUUAAGGAUAAUGAUACUUUGUUUCAGAAAGUUGUUUCUAAUCACCAAAAAGUUAAAGAGCAGCUUCCUGCUAUUGAAAGCCAGUAUGAGGUUCUGAAGCAGCAGUUCCGUGCUUUAGAUAAACUUUCAAAGCUUGUUGAAAAAGUCUCAGCUGAUGUCACCAAACUGGAGUCUGCCAUGGCGGCUGCUGAGCUCCAGUUGCUUGGUGAACAGCCUUCUCUUGCUCACAGAUUAUUGCAGCCUGUGUUGAAGAGAUUCGAUGUGGAGGCGGGCAACGAGAACACUGGUCAGACUGGCAACUAUGCAUUUCAGAUUUUCAAUCCAGCUGAUUACCUGACCUCUGAUAGCAUCUCCACUACCCCAACCAAAAGAAUACCAUCUCCGGACAACAAUGUAGUUGAGCCUGGCAUAGAUGCCUGCUUCCUGGACGAUGUUUCAAACAUGAGGUUAUCCAACUAUCAUGAAAGUAAUGAUGCCGGAUUUGGGCCGAGCUCCUCAACAAAUAAUAAUAAUCUAGCCCAGUCGACCUCUGAACAGCUGUUGUUGGAUGAUGAAGAGCUAUGUUCUACAUAGCAGUAGCUUCUAAUAAUUUGUUACAAACGAAGAAUAUUAUUUUGCAUUGAACAUGGAUAACUUCAUUUGCAUUGCUUCCUAUUUCAAAGAAAAGUGCUACUAUUUUUUUGUUUAAUGAAAACCAAAUAAUUAGUUUCUUAUAUUCGACAUAUAUUCUGUCAAUGUAAAAUUACUUUAGUAUUUUGAUAAUAGAGGAAAAAAGAGAGAAAUUAAUCAGAAUUACUUCAAUCUCUAAUGUUUAAGGAACUUAGUUUAAAAUUUGUGUUGAAAUGUUAUUUCAAUGCAAUCUUCAAGUGUUGACGUAGAAAUAUAUAUUGUUACAAGAGUUGAUGAAUUAACUAUCUUAUAAUAUAUUUUUCCACUAAAAAUUAGUAUGUAUUCUGAUAUAAGGUCGAAUGAUAAAGUAGGCGUUGAA